CAAUGGCACCAACGUAACUAUCAGCUGCCCCCUCCCCUUUUCUGAAACGUCAAUCGCUUACAAAUUGCAACAAUAAUAAACACAAUGAAUUUCAAUAGAAACGAAGAAGACGUGAAUUAAAUUGAACAAAAAUGGAAUUGUUUAGAUCAGAAUCGUAUUAUAUAUUUGUUAGAAACGAGUCAAGUUUGUGGUGGAAUCGAUUUACUGCGAAAUUUUCAGUCAGAUCAGCAUGGGAUCUGUCGGAUAUCGAAGAUAUAGAGUGCUUAGGCAUAACAGAAGGCAUUAUCGGUUUGGUAGAGCAUACCAACGUCUACGAACCCCGGCUAAUAAUUAUCAAAGAGGCAGUACCUGUUGGCCAAAUAUAUUUCCACCACACAAUAUACAAAAUUAAGUCUAUUGCUUUUCUUAAUUCUGGGGCCGUUAACCACGAUGUUCAGCUGUCUCCUUGUACGAAGCAUGGGUCGUCUGGGGGAUCGAAGAGUGCUAGUAAGAAAAUGGGGGCCCGGCUGUUUGAAAACUCAGCUUUUCUAAAUAAAACUGUGGGGGCGGUGAAGAGUGUUAGUAACACUAUAAAGACGACAACGCAACAGGCGGCUACACAAGUAAAACACACAGUAAAGAAGCAAUAUGACCCCAAAGUUUCCGAACGCUUUGAGAAACGCCUAACCGACGAACUGUACAAGAUAUUUGACGACACCGAUAGCUUCUAUUACUCUCGGACCUUGGACUUGACAAACACCCUUCAACGGCAGUAUGAGAUAGAAAAAGUGUUGGAAAUGGAGGAGGGAGUGACUAAAGCUGUGUCAGAUAUUACAAGAUGGUGGAAACAUGUGGAUGAUCGGUUCUUCUGGAAUAAACAUAUGCUGAAAGAUGUCAUUGCUUUAGAGAGCCCUCACUGCGACGAAUGGGUCCUACCCAUCAUCCAAGGAUUCGUCCACUUAUCCCAAAUAGCGGUCGAACCGGCGGACGCGAACCCGCUUAACACGGAGUCGUUAUCCAGCGGGGGGUCUUGCGAUGAAACCUUUACGCUGGGCGUUAUAUCGCGGCGCUCGAGAUACCAAGCUGGGACUAGGUAUAACCGACGUGGAAUCGAGCCAGAAGGCCAUGUCGCCAACUACGUGGAAACCGAGCAGAUCGUCUCCAUUAUGUGCUCUGACAGCAUCCAUAGAGCCUCUUUUGUUCAGGUUCGAGGGUCGGUCCCUAUCUUCUGGAGUCAGCCAGAGUACAAAUUCAGACCUCCACCUCGGCUAGAUAAGGGCGAAGAAGAAACACAAGUAGCCUUUAAAAAGCACUUUGACGAGGAACUGAAACUUUACAAGCAAGUGUGCAUAGUUAACCUGGUCGAGCAACAGGGCCGGGAGCGGGUUAUUUUCGAGGCCUAUGGAGAACAUGUGUUAAAGUAUAACAGCCCGGACCUUAUAUAUGCUACUUUUGACUUCCACGAGUCUUGCCGUGGUAUGCACUACGAAAAUGUCAGUAUCCUCAUAAACGCGCUAGUUGAAGUGAUCAACGAGAUGAGAUUCUGCUGGCGCGACGACCGUGGUCUCAUCUGCAGUCAAACCGGUGUGUUUCGAGUCAACUGUAUCGACUGCCUGGACCGCACCAACGUGGUACAGACAGCCAUAGCCAAGUACGUGUUGGAGCUCCAACUAUGCCGCCUCGGUCUUGGAGCGCCCGGCAGCGGUCUGCCGCCGGCGCUGCGAAACGCUUUCCUCACACAGUGGGCUGACAAUGGAGACAUACUGUCUAGGCAGUAUGCGGGAACUAAGGCGCUCAAGGGAGAUUACACGCGAACAGGCGAAAGAAAAUUUACGGGCAUGAUGAAAGACGGAAUGAAUUCAGCCAGCAGAUAUUACCUAUCAACGUUCAAGGACGCGCUUCGACAGACAGCAAUAGACGUGAUGACGGGCGAGUCACGGCACAUCCCUGAACAACUAACUGGCAUGGAGUGUGCCGCAGUCAAGGAACAGAGCGUGGACACGGCGGCAAUGGCGCAACACGUCAAGUCGCUAAUCGACGACUGCAAAAAGCUCAUUGUGGAUACGGAACCAGUGUUGGGCGCUUGGGGGCUCAUCGACGCCGAUCCCAAUACCGGCGACCCAUCGGAAACGGAAAUGGACAGCGUUCUCCUUCUCACCAGCGACGCAUACCACGUGGCAGAUUACGAUGAGACCUCAGACCGAGUGCUGUCUGUACAGAAAGUGCCGCUCCGGGAUAUAAUUUCAGUCGAGCUCGGCACUGUGGACACUAAUGCCACGAUAUUCGGCGUCGGACGCAAAAGUACAUCAGAACCCAUAUCCUGUAUAAGAAUCAACUACACAUACAACAACGAACCUGGAUACUUCCAUAUGUUUAGAUCUACUACGCUGAGGUUCUUCAAUAAUAUGGCGGUUGUCAUUAAUACUAAGGAGGAGAUGAUUGAAUCAUUGCACUACAUCUGCGAGUCGCUGGUGGUGGCCCGGGAUGUGGCCAAACUGCCGCCCAUUCCUUUCCACAGCGGUGUCAAGUUAGAGAGGCGGAAAUCUAAGAUACAUCCAACGCAGGCCGCGUCUAGUGGCGCCAGAUCCUCUCUCUACUUGGACUUAUCUCGCCUGCCAACCAUCACUAGGAACGUGAGCGAGACGCAGCUAGUCGCCGACAUACGAAGCGUUGGAUCCAAAGCCCUGACCAACAUGUCAGAGCAGUUCAGCAAGCUCAACAAGCUGUCUCACUCCCUCAACGCCCGCGCGCGACCCAGCCUACAGCUCAAAUUCGACCAGAGCUCGUCCAAAACCAAGAAAAUCUUCACAUUGGGCGGCAAAACUGACGCAAGAAAAAAAGGAAGCCUUUCUGAUGGAAUGUCUAGCGAUUACUCGUCAGAUGACGAAAACAGGACUAAUAUCUUCGAACCUACGUUAGAUAAUUUCGAAAAUACUCAGCACUAUAUAGGCUCACAACAGAAAGAAAAAGAUGAUUGUGAAUUAAUUCAGAACCCUCUAUACUCCUCGAAAAUCGAGCCUAAUGAGCAAUUCGACCCAAGCGUUGUCAUAACUACGCCGGUUGAAAAGCAAACUAUAAAAACCCCAAGCAAUAUAAACAAGAAAAACCCAUUCGAUUUGGAAGCUGAUACAUGUUCGAAUCAUUCAAAAACCCCAGAAAUCCAAGUCGAAAACGAGAGCGAAUACUCAAAACCUUUACCCCCGAAUUCCCUAAUUCUUUCUCAGAAAUUAUCUCACAGUUCCAGCGAUAUCACUAUAGAUAACACAUCUCUUCAGGCAGACGGGGUAAAUUACCAUAGAUCUAAUUCUCAGCAUGAAAUAACUUUGAAUAUAGCUCAGAGUCACAGUGAGUCGGCUUUGAGACAGUUCAAGAAUAUGGCGAGUCCCGUGUCUAGUGCGACUAAGGAUAUGCUGUCGCCGCUUACGAAGUUGGCUAAGGGCGUGCAGAGUUUGGGGGCGAAUUUGGAUCCGAGGAAAAUUAAGGGCCCAGGCACCGCGGUGAAACAUAUCACCGACCAGCAGUACGAGGAGCACAGAAAAGUGCAAGAAAAAUGGCGAGACUGCAACACUCGUCUCGUCGCGCUGUGAGUUACCUAACGAUGCCACAACGUCGCUGUGAGU